UUAUCUUUUAUUUUUUAUUUUUCUCAGCCAAAUAAAAACUCAGUGAUGAGAUACCAAAAAAUAAAUAUAUAACUAACCUUCUUCUUCAUUAGUAUUUUCAAUUCCAUCUUCAACUUUUCUUCCUUCAAGAUUAGAUUUUUCUUUGACCCUUUUGCUUUCUUUUUCUGAAACGAUUCUUCUCUUCACCAACUUCUUCUUCCAAGUCAAUUUCAUGUUCUUGUGUUUUAGAUCUUAGAUCUUUGCUGUCGGUGGUUGAUCGGAGUAGAUGUCGCCGUCAAAUGGGUUGCAGAACGGCGGCGGCAACGGUGGUGUUGGUGGUGGUAAUGGGCUGAGUUAUAUUGAACAUUAUGUUUCGAAAUUUGAUACUCUUGCUGGUGUAGCUAUUAAGUAUGGUGUUGAGGUAGCUGAUAUCAAAAGGAUGAAUGGUUUGGCGACAGAUCUCCAAAUGUUUGCACUGCAAAUGUUGCGAAUUCCAUUACCAGGUCGACAUCCACCAUCUCCGGUCCCCAGUGAACCUGCCAAGUUGAGAGAAAAUAGCAGCGAAAGAAGACCGCCGCGUAUAGGUCAAUCUGCGAUGAAGGAACCUCUUCAGUCCUUAAGACUGAAACCACCUAAACAGAAGAUUUCUCCGGCUAUGACCAUUUUACAGAAAUACUAUGGACUCGACUCAUCAAGUUCCAGAGAUACAUCAGGAGAAACAGAAAUGGUGAUUUACACAUCUUCUACUUUAGAUCAUUCCAGAGACGAAUGGCUUCCUAAACCCUCACCAAUUCCAAACCAUCAUUCCAAAUCAACAAAUUUAACAUUUGAUCUACUGACCGGAAACGAUGAAGUCUCCGAGUAUGUUCCUUUUAGUUUUACAGAUAUCGGUGACGGAGUAUCUGACAAGUCUGACGAGAAAUCCGUCCGCAGACGUCAAAAAGCCGAUGUUGAUAAUGGAGGUAGUACACCAGAAAGGAUUCUCAAAGAAGGCAAUAAUAGUAAUGGAUCGAACGGUUCUGGUUCGUCUUCCACCGGGAAAUCAUUUUCCCUUAGACCAAAGUCAGCUAGCCGAGCCUCGCUGUUUUCUGAGUCAGAUUCAGGAUGGUUAGAUUCUAUUCCAGUAGGGUUUGGAGAAUCAAUAUUCACCGAAGGACUUUCCGGAGUGCGGAAAUCUUCAAGCGCGUCGAGCCUCAGAGAGCAGGAAAAGUACAAUUCAGCAGCAACAGCAUGGCCAACCAUUUCUAAACCUAUCUUUGAUGGCUUACCUAUCCCAAUAACCGGCCGCAGAAGCAAAACUGCCCUUGAUUAGUGUAAAACUAGUUUACUUUCGAGCAAAUUAUUUUUUGACAUUUACAUAAACACAAAUUGCAUCAACUUUCAACUCUUUUUCGGUUAGUAAGCCGGAGAAAGAAAAAAAAAGGUAUAAAAAAACAAAGAAAUUACACGCGUAGGAAUUUAUUUGAGGCAUAGGGCAAAAGGGGCUGAUGACCUCCCAGAAAAAAAAGGAUGCAACAGUAGCAGCCAAGUGAAAGUCACUCUGUUCAGUGAUGAAUUGUAUCAUGUUGUCAUUGUUGAAUACAUUAUGUAAGUAUUUAUGAAAUUUUUUACUUUCAGACUAAA